UGAAGAUUUCCUGGCCGAGCAUGCAGGACCAGCGCCCCGAGACAAGAGCUCCCCGAGGACAGCAGAUGGCCCGUGGGGCCUCGCUCGGUGACCUGGUGGAGGCGGCUUUGGAAAGGGCCUCGGUCAGCGAGCCCCCCAAAGGGAACGGGGGGGCUCACGGACCCGGGAGCGGGGGCUGGGACGAGGAGGCGGCGAAACUAGCCCCCUGUGCCCUGCCCCGGCCGGAGGGCAAAACCCGAAGCGCGGCGGCCUCGGCCGCUGCGGGGGAGCCCGGCCCCUCGGACGGCAGCCCCUGGGCUUCCGCAGAGCCCAACAACUCCUGGGGGGAAUUCGAAGGCUUCAGCGAGGCUGCGGACAAGUCGGACACUUUCAGCAGCCUGGACGUUCUGGAGCGCUGGGCAGCGCCGGGGGCACGGGGCAGCGAUGCGGACCUGACGGGAUGUGUCCCAAGCCCUUGUGGCUGUCUGCAGUCGGAUAGCUCACCCGGUGCGAGGGAAACCGCGGCUGCUUCCCCUGUUCAGGCCAAUCUCAGCUAUGAGAAUAUUUUUAAGCUUGUCUUUCAAGAAGUACCAGUACAACAAAUGACUGAGGAUAUUUGCACCUUACACCAUUUUCUAGAAAAACAUAAUGAAGAAAAUACUAGCUGCAAAUCUGUAAAGAAGCAAUUUUGCUCUGAGUCCCAAAAACUGUGGAGGAUUCUCCAAGAAAAAGAUGGCACAUCAACUUCAAAAUGCCUCUGGAGUAAAUCUCAUUGCCAAGACAAUUUCUUACUUGUUCUUGGAAUAGAUGCUGCUCAAAAAGAUCUUUCAGGAGGUAAGAAUCACGUUCUGGAAGAUUCUAACCUGAAAGAGACUGAAGAGUUAACAGAAGUAAAUGGCUUUAAUCUUAAUAAUUGCAAGGCACUAAUUCAAACCAAGCUCUCUGGAUCCUCAGCUCCCCGACACAGCAGCCUGUUUAUGUACAACUUGUUUUUGAAGAAGACUCCUUCCAGUGGAAAUAUGCAAUACAUAACAAUUCCAAGAAAGAAAAAACUUUUUACUGCCCGGAAUCUAAAAAUGAAAUUUUUUAAUAGUGAUGUUUGCUAAAGAAAAAUACUUUUUAUCUUUGAGGAAAAUCUUACAUUUUGCUACUGAUUUGGUACUGGAAACUGGAAAUCAUAGACAUCUUUGAGGUGAUAAACUAGAAAUUCUCAGCUGUAUUUUCCUAUGGUUACCAGUUUGCAAAUGAAUUAGUCAUGGGUAAAAAUCAAGACUUUUCUUUGACAAGCUUGCUCUCCAUUUUUAAAUAUACUAUUUUCUGGCCACCCCCCAAUUUGCCACUAGCAAAUGAAACUUCUUCUACAAACUUGCUUUAGUUUUCUAGUCAACAAAUAAACACCCAGGCAAAGCCUUGAAAAGGAAUGCACUGCCAAUUUAAAGCUUAGGGACGCCAUAUAUUUCUUUAUCAAAGUUACCAGCCCCCCUGCUCUCAGGUAGCUAUUGGAGAUGCAGGCUUUGGUAGCCUGCUUCUAGGGCUCAUUCCAUGGUAGCCACAUGACAUUAAAGAUCACAGACGGCUGAAG